GUCCACUCUACAAACAUGCUAUGAGGGAUCAGUUAGAGGUCAAAUAAAAUCACUCAACGGAGAAGAUACAUAGUAAAGAAGUCUUGGAAUAGUAAUACUUCUCAUUCUGAAUUAUACAAAACUUUUUAUUUGAUGGGACACGCAGAAGUUUCCAGCUGUCUUCUGUCCGGAGCGACAUAUCACGGUGAAGAAUUGAUGGAGGUUUCGCGAACAGAUCAACUCCCUGGACAACUGCGUUUGUUUUGCACUGGAUAAUAAUUCAUACAGUUUACAGAGUCAGGUUACAUUUUGUUAUGUUUUAUAACCUCAUUCCAUAAGAUUUUUUCAUUCAUCAACUUUAUUAUUAUAAUUUUGUACUGAAAAAAGAGAAAGAAGCCAGCAUCGAUCUAAAGAAACUAUAAUGUAACACCAAGAAACUUUAUGACCUCUUGGGGGACCAUACAGUCAAAAUAAUGUUUUUUAAUAACAAUAGGGUUCUUAGCUGAACCUAUAGGAACCAGUGAAGAGCUUAUGGCGUGAUUAAGAAGAGAAGAGGACAGAACAUUGUUUUGGAAGUGAUCUAGAAGUGCACCCUAAUCAUAAUCAAUAGAGACUGGAUGUAAAUAUGACGAGCGCCUGGUUUGCUCUGCUGAGCUUCUUGUGGAGCUGUUGUUUGGCAGGUAGCAGUUCUGUACUGGAUGGCUUUGAGCUUCAGUCCAACUUCAUACAUCGGAGGUUACGGUCUCAGGAGAAGAGGGAGAUGCAGAAAGAGAUACUGUCCAUACUUGGACUGAACCACAGACCCAGACCGCAUCUGAACAGCGGCAAAUAUAAUUCAGCACCCCUCUUCAUGCUGGAUCUGUACAACAGCAUGUCCACUGUAGAGAAGAGCGACGUGGAUCAGUACAGGUCACUGUUCACCACCACACGACCUGCUUUAGCUUCACAUCAUGACACCGAGUUCCUUCAUGACGCUGACAUGGUCAUGAGUUUUGUCAAUUUGGUGGAAACUGACAGGGAGCUAUCUCCACAAAGAAGACACCAUAAAGAGUUCAAAUUCAACCUGUCCCAGAUCCCAGAGGGAGAGGCCAUCACAGCUGCAGAAUUCAGGAUCUACAAGGAGUGUGUGACCAGUGCUUUUCGGAACGAGACAUUCCUGCUCAGUGUGUUCCAGGUGGUUGGGGAGCAUCCAGACAGGGCUCCCGACCUGUUUCUGCUGGAAUCUCGCAGGUUGUGGGGAGCUGAGCAGGGUUGGCUGGAGUUUGACAUUACAGCUACUAGUAAUCUCUGGGUGAUGAGUCCGCAUCAUAACCUGGGUCUACAGAUCAGUGUGGAGACCAGCAGUGGACGGAGCAUCAGUCCAAAGGAUGCGGGGUUAGUAGGACGUGAUGGCGCUCUGGAGAGGCAGCCUUUCAUGGUGGCCUUUUUCAAAGUAAGCGAAGUCCGUAUCAGAACUUCCCGGUCUACAGGCAAACAACGCCAGCGGAACCGCAAUCGCUCCAGUAGUCCACAGGAGGCAUCAAAGGGACCAGCUCAUACAGAUUACAACAGCAGUGAUCAGAAGACCGCCUGCAGAAAGCAUGACCUGUAUGUCAGUUUCAGAGAAUUAAGCUGGCAGGACUGGAUUAUUGCACCUGAAGGUUACGCAGCAAACUACUGUGACGGAGAAUGCUCUUUUCCUCUAAACGCCCAUAUGAAUGCUACUAAUCAUGCAAUAGUACAGACACUGGUCCAUCUGAUGAAUCCAGAGAACGUCCCAAAACCAUGUUGUGCUCCAACCAAACUCCACGCAAUCUCUGUGCUCUACUAUGAUGAUAAUUCCAACGUCAUUUUGAAAAAAUACAGGAACAUGGUGGUGCGCGCGUGUGGCUGCCACUGACUUAUGGGACAUCUAUCUUGCUGCCCAACUGCUGCACCCCAGAGACAGACAAACGUGUGUGAGGACUGACAAAACUGACAGAAAAGCAAUAUGAACUGAAAUGUGGAUCAUGGUUUGCUGCUUCUCCUGGUGAAAACACACAAUGGCAAUUCUCAUGGCAUUUCAGAUCCUACAAACUGCCAAGAGAAUGACUGACUCUGAAUCUAUGGACAGAAAUUUAACCUGAUGCCUUUAGUCUUAAAAGACGCAUAAUGAAAGUGUAAAUUAUGAGGUAAAAUUCUGUCUCUAUUUAAUAUCGUUUAACUAACCAUUCUUUAAAAUGGUCACAUAAUACAUAAGUUCAUUUAUUGAGAUCAGUUUAUGAUGUUACAAAAGUAGCACCAUCAUUAUUAUUAUUAUUAUUUUGCUGCUCAUGAAACCCUGUGAUGAAUUAAGACAACGUUAGCAUCUGCUAGCUUUAAUUGUAAAGAAGAACUGGCUAAUUUUGAACUUUACUCAUCUAAUUUCAUCCUCUGGGUUUAAAGUCUAUAUGUUGCUGGUGGUGAUGUAGCAUACGACUGCAAGGACUUCGAUAAUACCGUGCGCUAACAACACAGGGUGCGACAAGAUUCCAGCGACAAGCAGAAUAGACAACGUUAGCAUCUACUAGCCUCAAUUGUCAUGAACAACUGGCUAAUUUUGAACUUUACUCCCCUAAUUUCAUAUUCUGGGUUUAAAGUUUUUAUAUUGUUUGGUUGGUGUUGCUAGUGGUGAUGUAGCAUAGGACUGUGAGUACUUCAACAAUACCGUGCGCUAACAACACAGGGUGCGACAAGAUUCCAGCGACAAGCAGAAUAUUUUUUGCUGCUGAUGAAACCCUGUGAUGAAUUAAGACACUGUUAGCAUCUGCUAGCUUUAAUUAUAAUGAACAACUGGCUAAUUUUGAACUUUACUCAUCUAAUUUCAUCUUCUGGGUUUAAAGUCUUUAUGUUGCUGGGGUUGUGUUGCUGGAGGUGAUGUAGCAUAGGACUGUGAGUACUUUGAUAAUACCGUGUGCUAACAACACAGGAUGCGACAAGAUUCCAGCGAUAAGCAUAAAUUUUUUUUGCUGCUCACGAAACCCUGUGAUGAAUUAAGACAACGUUAGCAUCUACUAGCUAUAAUUGUAAUGAACAACUGGCUACUUUUGAACUUCACUCCCCUAAUUUCAUCUUCUAUAUUAAAAGUCUUUAUGUUGCUGGUGGUGAUGUACGACUGCAAGGACUUCGAUAAUACCGUGCGCUAACAACAUGUGUUGGGACAAGAGUCCAGCGACAAGCAGAAUAUGUUUGCUGCUCAUGAAACCCUGUGAUGAAUUAAGAGAAUGUUAGCAUCUUCUAACUUUAAUUGUAAUGAACAAAUGGCUAAUUCUGAACUUUACUCCCCUAAUUUAAUAUUCUGGGCUUAAAGUCUUCAUCAGCGUGGUGUUGCUGGUGGUGAUGUAGCAUAGGACUGUACUUUGAUAAUACCGUGCGCUAACAACAUGUGGAGCGACAAGAUAUCACACAAGCAGAAUAUUUUUUUGCUGCUCAUGAAACCCUGUGAUGAAUUAAAACACUGUUAGCAUCUGCUAGCUUUAAUUAUCAUGAACAACUGGCUAAUUUUGAACUUAACUCAUCUAAUUUCACUUUAUGAUUUAAAUUCAUCUUUAAAGUCCUUAUGUUGCUGGAGUGGUGUUGUUGGUGGUGAUGUAGCAUAUGACUGCAAGGACAUCAAUAAUACCGUGUGCUAACAACACGUGUUGUUCCAAGAUUCCAGCGACAAGCAGAAUAUUUUUGCUGCUCAUGAAACCCUGUAAUGAAUUAAGAUGUUAGCAUCUGCUAGCUUUAAUUGUAAUAAACAACUGGCUAAUUUUGAACUUUACUCAUCUUCUGGGUUUAAAGUCUUUAUGUUGCUGGAGCGGUAUCACUAAUGAUGUAGCAUACGACUGCAAGGACUUUGAUAAUACCCUGUGCUAACAACACGUGGUGUGACAAGAUUCCAGCGACAAGCAGAAUAUUUUUUGCUGCUGAUGAAACCCUAUAAUGAAUUAAGACAACGUUAGCAUCUGCUAGCUUUAAUUGAAAUUAACAACUGGCUAAUUUUGAAACUUAAUCCAAUUUCAUUUUCUGGGUUUAAAGUCUUGAUCAGGGUGGUGUCGCUGGAGGUGAUGUAGCAUAGGAAUAUUAAGAACACAGGGUGCGACAAGCAAAAUAUUUUUUGCUGCUCGUGAAACUCUGUUAUGAAUUAAGACAACGUUAGCAUCUGCUAGCUUUAAUUAUAAUUAAAUUUAAUUAUAACGCAUCUAAUUUCAUCUUCUGGGUUUAAAGUCUUUAUCGGGGUGGUGUCACUAGUGGUGAUGUAGCAUAGGACUGUGAGAUCUUCGAUAAUACUGUAUGCUAACAACACGUGGCGUGACAAGAUUCCAGCAGCAAGCAUUUUAGCUUUAGACACCAGACACAACAGAAACAUUUAAAUACCGGAGCCAUUCAGAAAACGCAUGUCAAUUUUGUGUUGCUGUUCCAGCUGCGGCAUCUCAGAAAUAGAAAAUAAACUCGAAAUUUGAUGCAUUUCCGUCACAAAUGGACAAAACCAUGUAGUUAGAACAUGGUGUAACAUGUCGGUGUCUAAUUAGCAUUCAGGUACCUGCGUUUUCUCUCUAUGAGAAGACUUUGCUUUUGAAUUACUCUGUUCUAAUUAUUCUAGUCAUUCACGAUGGCUAGUUCGAGCCUCGGCUGGGUCAGUUGACAUGUCUGUGUGGAGUUAGCAUGUUCUCUCCGUGUUUGCGUAGGUUUGCUCCGAUUUCCCCCACAAGUACAAAGACAUGCGGAAUAGGUGAAUUGGGUAGGCUAAAUUGUCCAUAGUGUAUGUGUGUAUGGGUGUUUCCCAGUGAUGGGUUGUAGCUGGACAGGCAUACGCUGUGUAAAACAUAUGCUGGAUACAUUGGCGGUUCAUUCUGCUGUGGUGACCCCAGAUUAACAAAGGGACUAAGCUGAAAAUAAAAUGAAUGAUUGAAUGGACAGUAUUCAAACGCUGACAAACAUGACUUUAAAAAGCCCCUGUGCCCGGUGACUUUUCUGUCCCUUCAAUGUAGCCAUGCAUGUCUAAAUUUUCAAAUAAGCACUCAUUAUAUAUAAAAGUCUUGCAUUUCCUUGUUACCUCCUCACCUACAUUCUAAUCACAGCUUUCCACGCCAAUUUAAAGCUACAUUAAAAAGUUUUGGGGUUUUUUUGUUUCAUAAUCUUUCAAGGACACUUCCAGACAUCUUGUUCUUGGUCUUUAUCUGUCUGAUUGUUCCAGAACAACUGGUUUUUAUUACUUUCAGGAACUUCCUCCCCAAAUAUAGACGAUCAGAGUCCUACGAAGUUACAGUAGCUCUUUUAUUUCAACAGAAACUUUGAUUCCCUGUGAUCCUGUUAACAUCUGGAACAUACAAUUACUAUUCUCCGAAGCACAGGAAACUGCGCUGUGUUGUGUAUUUUUCGAUGAAGUCCCUUAAAGCCACAGGCCUCUAUUUAAAGUCUCCAAAAAAUCAAAUUAUUUUAAGUUUCUCAAUAUUUGCUCUGCUCUACCUGUGGUUUGCAUCGGUGAGUCACAGCACGCUUCAACAGAGCUCAAAGAACAGAACCGUUAUGCUGCCAUUCCAAGGAUGGAACUGUUUUUUGAUGCCGUCUGACACCACAGAUCUAUAUUUUCCCUGCAACACCUGCAGCUUGGAUGGCUUACAUCCAAACCUCCCACAGGACAUGAGGAUAAAUUAAGGUUCUUCAGCAACAAAACCAUAUACUGUGCCAACAACCUCAAAUGAGCUGCCCAAAUUUCCACAAACUCCUGUCAAUAUUUAUUGUCAAUCUUUUACUAUACUCUGUGGUUUUCCCCUCUUCUCCCCACUGUGAGCUAUUAAAAGGUACAAAACUCUCUCUGGACAGGAUAUAUAUGUGUAUAUUUUCAUCAUUGUAACAACUGUUUUCAUUUUACCCUAUUACACAAGUUGGAAACAUUUUUUUAUUCCAAUAUAGGGACCAAAUUUAAUUUCAUAUUUGGUUGUGAACAAUUAUUCUUCAACUGAUUGAAUUAGGUUGUAUUGUUGGUUUGCCAGUAUAGGGUACGUUUACAUGACAGCAUUUUCAACUAAAAACACAAACCAUUCACUUACAAAAUGUCUUUUUUGAGUUUGGAAAUAUUAAUUGUGGACUGUAAAACAACUGGAGGUAGGUGGCAGGGUCAAAUUUAAGACUUUUUAAGACCAUUAGGAAUGAAAUUUAGACUUUCACAGGGGAAAACACCAAGAUUUCUUUGUAACAGCUAGUGAAAUUUUUUAACUUGCCCCAUUAAAAUUCAGUUAUUUCAUAGACGCAUGUUUUAAGUGUCGAAACUAGCAAACAUUUUUUUAUUAGUAUUACUUUUCUCAAAAAAAGACAAUUUUAUACUAUAAUAAAAUAAAUACACAACUUGCAUUCAUGCAUAAAUACAUGGAGAACUUUAAACAAAUGUUAUUGUAAGGAUGUAAGGAAGAUAAUUAUCCUAUAUUGGUAAAUAGAGUUAAUAAACAACAGUUUUGUUAAACUUAUUAUUUUUUUGAUGGUUGUUGGUUGUACUGAUUGUGUAGCUUUACAUGGACAAGGACAAUUAAGCCCUGUUUAAAUGUAUUUACAACAUGCAACAUCAUAUUUCAGUGAAUUUAAGAUUUCAUUAAGACUUUUUAGGCCCUGAGACACCCUAAACAUAAUGGGUGUGGGGGGGGUUGGUGUUGUGACCAAAAUUCAAUUUCGCUGUGUGAGUAAAAAAAUUUUUUACAGUAACAAAAUAUUUCAAGUUUUUAUAAUAAUCGUUUACAUUUACAUAGCGCUUUCCUGGACAAUCAAAGUGCUUUACACAUUUUUGGGGGGGAAUCUCCCAAUCCACCACCAGUGUGCAGCAUCCACCUGGAUGACGUGAUGGCAGCCGUUGCGCCAGACCACACACCAGCUGAUUGGUGGAGAGAAAACAGAGUGAGAAAGCCAGUUAUGAUAUGGGGAUGGUUAGGAGGCCAUGAUGCCAAUGUUAAACCCCUACUGUCUCAAAGGACACCCUGGAUUUUUUAACGACCUCGAUUUAACAUCUCAUCCGAAAGACAGGACUCACCGAGCAGUAUAGAAUCCCCAUCAAUAUAUUGGGGCGUUAGGAUACACACACAGACCGCGAGUUGAGCACCCCCUGCUAGUCUCAUUAACACCACUUUCGGGACCAACCUAGCUUUCCCAUGAAGUUUCUCAUCUAGGUACUUAACAGGCACAGCCCUGCUUAGCUAUAGUAGCAACCAUAUGAGAGUUGCAGAGAGCUAGCUGCUGGCAGAGAUAUAGUGUUUUACAUAGGUAGUUACUCCAGAAAAUUCAAUAAAAAGGGUUAUAACAUAUAAACGUAAUACUUCCGAAAUUAAACUUCAAUAGGUUAUUCUGUAGUCGCAUUCAGUUAAGUCGGUAAACUAAAAACAGUUCAGUUAUAUCACAGCUAAAAAUUCACCUCAGACUGCGAACCUCGUCUUACUACAAGUGCUCCUAUCAAAGUUAGUCACGCCAACUUGGUCACAAUACAUGUAUACAUUUUUUUUAAAUCUAUUAGUCGACAAUUUAUUCCACGGUAAUGACCUUUUUACCACCCAGCCCUUGAAACAUAUUAAGAAAAAAAAACAAGGGUUGUAUGUACAUCAACUGUUAUUGUGUAAACGUACCCUCAGAUGAAAGCAGUAACACUUUUCCCAGAUAUUGCCUUUUUUUGUCUCUCCAAUUACCACCCCUAUUUGUAUAACAUACCUCCUAUAAACUGCUGUUUACAUGUUCAACCAUAUUCAGAUGCUUGUAUGUAAAUACUUGUAUAUUUUACAGUUUAUUUAUUGCUCUUUUUAUGAACCAUAUACCACAAUGAUCACAUAACGAGAAAGGGAAGAAUUAAAAACUGCUAUUUUUGAAAAAAGACAUUUUAUUAUGAAAUUUGUCACAAAGUGCCUUUUUUUUGUACAAACCCCCCUCGGCAGUGUGUGUACCCCUCUCUCACAGGACAAAAAUACUGCGUUUUUCAUUGAGGUCGGCCUUGACCACGUGCCUCCCAUAAAGACUUCACUGAAUA